AUGGCAGAUAACAACAGGACUGAAGAUUAUCCUUUCGACAUUGAUGAACAGCUGAAACGAUUUGACUCCUCGGUUGUUUCUGUCAAAGACAUGCUGGAUACGCUGAUGUCGAUGCCCCGGAAUGAGCUGUUACAGAAGCUGGAUCCUUUGGAGCAAGCUAAGCUGGACCUGAUGUCUGUCUACACCCUCAACUCAUUAUUCUGGAUGUAUUUGGUGGUACAAGGGGUAAAUCCCAGAGAACAUGGAAUCAAAGAGGAAAUGGAGCGAAUCAGGACAUACAUGAACAGAGUGAAGGAGAUCAGUGACAAGAAGAAAGCUGCCCGUUUAGAUAAAGGGGCCGCUGGUCGUUUUAUCAGGCAUGCCCUCUAUGAUCGAGAUGAAGAGUCCAAAAAACAGGCUAAAACAUCUAAGAACGCAGGUGCCGCACCAUCGGACACGCCACAGGUAAAGCAUCCAAAGCAGAACUGAGCACUGCGCUCUGCAGUUUAAAGACUUUUUGGAGCAGCAGUCACGAAUGUAAAGACUUUUAUAUUCAUAAAAGGCAGCACAGUCUGUAGGGAUGUGUGACGGGGCAUUAAUGUGACGCGAUACGUUCAAAUAACAAAAACAAAGCAGCAUCAUCACCAGGACUUGCCUCCUUUGGAAACAUUGAGGUGUCGCACUCAGCAAAGUGCUAAAGACACAAAAACCUCUGUGAUGCAUCAUCUUAAGACAUUUUUCAGAAUUUCUGGAUGGGGACGGUUCGGGUCACAAUGUCGGUUUUUGUCAGAAAUUGUUGUUGCUUCUGCAAAGAGGAAAAAGAUGUUUCUAGCAGCAUUUGAGUGUCAGUGGGGUGACACCAAACGUUUUAUGAUGAUGGCAAUCAAUGUCUCAAAGAAGAACCCAUCAUUACAUUAUUGUUUUGUUUUUUUUUAAUUUGUUGCACAGUGAGGAAGGUGCUUUUUACUUGCAGUUUUGAUUAUCUGUAAUUGGAUAAUUGACAAGCGAAAUUUUAUGUGUAGCCAGUUAACUAUUUGAAAAAUUUGCAUUUUUUUCAAGAAUUCUCAGCGUUGGGGGAGAUGACUGCUCUGUGGUUUCUCUCGUCUGUUUUGAAAGCAUUCUUCUGGAGUAGGUCCUGACUGAAGCUGUUAUAAAUGAUGAGAAAUAAAAUGUGAAGAGUGAUGUUUUAAAUGCUUUUGGAGUUUUGUGCUGAACAUAAAAAUUUCGGCAGCAUUUAGAACAAAAUUUCAACAACAAGCGUCAAGACACCAAUAAAUGAA